AGUCAGACACACCCCUUUUAUCUCAUCCUGUCCCCUCCUCUUAUUCCUCAUUCACUCGGCGCUGUCUGUCCUCCCUCUUUUUCUGUGUGUCGGAACUUUUUUUUUUUUUUUUUUUCCUCCUUACAGACAUGCAGGCAGGAGAAGAGGAGGCGGAGGAGAAAAGAAACGAGACAACAAGAGGGGGAAGAAGCGGAGAAAGUUGGUAGAGGACCGAGAGAGAGAGAGAAGGGGGAGACCGGUUGGGAGUCAUGACUCAGCAAAAAUCAACAAGCGUGUGAAUCAAAACUCAUUAAGAAAAGGCGGAAUUAUAGAGGCGCGCGCGCCGCCGCGGGGACGCGGACAAGACGGCGUCCCCCUCCUCCUCCUUCGUGUUUCUCCUCUCCGCUGUCUUCUUGGGGUUGUUGAAAACUUUCUCCCGCCGCUGAAAGGCCGACUUAACCCUCUCCCCGGAAAAAGCUGCGGAGUGGCGGAAGGACGAAGCGGUUGGUGUCUCCCAGAGGAGAGCUGCUCGCUGUAGCCGGGCUUUAGGCGUUGGCACCCGGGCAACAUGGCCGGGGCCAAGCCGGGCGUCCACGCUCUGCAGCUCAAACCCGUGUCCGUCCACGAGGCGCUGAAGAAAGGUGGCAAGUUCAUCAAAUGGGACGAGGAGCCCAACAGCGGACCCCCCACCUUGGUGACUCUGAAAGUUGACCCAGAUGGAUUUUUCCUUUACUGGACUGGCGGUGCCAACCUGGAGGUGGAGAUCUUGGACAUCAGCACUAUCAGAGACACCAGAACAGGAAAAUUUGCCAAACAGCCAAAGGACCCGAAGCUGCGGGACGUGCUGGGCUUCGGGAAGGGUGACAACGUAGAAGGAAAGAUGGUAACUGUCGUCCACGGCAACGACCUUGUCAACAUCACCUUCCUCAAUUUCCAGGCUAUGCAGGAAAACAUCGCCAAGAUUUGGACAGAUGAGCUGUUCACACUAGCUACAAACAUACUUUCCCAGAAUGCAUCGCGCAACACCUUCCUCUUUAAAGCGUACACAAAGCUAAAGUUGCAGGUGAACCAGGAUGGGAAGAUUCCAGUGAAGAAUAUUCUCAAGAUGUUUUCAGAUAAGAAAAGAGUGGAGACAGCUCUGGAGCAGUGCAACCUCGUCAAUAACCGGAUGGAGGGAAUAAAGCCUGACGAUUUCACAUGGGAGGCCUUCCAGAAGUUUCUUGACAAGCUCUGUCUCCGGCCUGAGAUACAAAGCAUCUUUGAGGAAAAUGGCUCCAAGAGGAAGCCGUUUAUCUCUCUGGAUCAGCUGAUGGACUUCAUCAACCGCAAGCAGAGAGACUCCAGGCUGAAUGAGGUGCUCUACCCCCCGCUGAAAAAAGACCAGGUCCGACAGAUUAUGGAGAAAUAUGAGACCAACGCUGGCCAACUGGAGAGAGACCAGAUUAGUUUGCAGGGUUUCAGUCGGUACCUGGGAGGGGAGGAAAACGGUAUCGUACCUCCAGAGAGGCUGGACCUGAUCGAUGACAUGAACCAGCCGCUGUCUCACUACUUCAUCAACUCCUCACACAACACUUACCUCACAGUGGGUCAGCUGACCGGUCUGUCGUCGGUGGAGAUGUACAGACAGGUGCUGCUGACUGGCUGCCGCUGCGUGGAGCUGGACUGCUGGAAGGGCCGACCGCAAGACGAGGAGCCGUACAUCACCCACGGGUUCACCAUGACAACAGAGAUACCCUUCAAGGAGGUGAUUGAGGCAAUCGCUGAGAGUGCUUUCAAGACCUCGCCAUACCCCGUCAUCCUAUCCUUUGAAAACCACGUUGAUUCGGCCAAGCAGCAGGCCAAGAUGGCCGAGUACUGCAGGACCAUCUUUGGAGAUGCUCUGCUCAUCGAACCACUGGAGAAAUAUCCGCUGGAGCCAGGUCACCCCCUCCCUUCUCCACAGGAGAUGCUGGGCAAAAUUCUCAUUAAAAACAAGAAGAAGCACUACCACAACCGCCCCUCCAGCGGCGGCAGCAUACGACGCAGAGAAUUGGAGGAACAGUCGCCACCAAACAGCGAGUGCCCUUUGAUGGACAGUGAUGGAGCACAGCUCCUCUCACACAUGGAGGAGAAGAUGGCAGAGAGGAUUCACAAAGACAUGGGUCAGCGUAAGUCCAUCGGAGGUGAGGCAGAGAGUGAAGAGGAUGAGGACGACGAACAAGGGACCGAACCGAAGAAGCCGAACUCGGAUGAGGGUACAGCCAGCAGUGAGGUGAAUGCCACAGAGGAGAUGUCGACUCUCGUCAACUAUAUAGAACCUGUCAAAUUCAAGAACUUUGAGUUGGCAACAAAACGGAAAAAGUACUUUGAGAUGUCUUCAUUUGUGGAAACCAAAGGGAUGGACACGCUGAAGAGCUCCCCAAUGGAGUUUGUUGAGUACAAUAAGAACCAGCUGAGUCGAAUCUACCCAAAAGGCACCAGAGUCGACAGCUCUAACUACAUGCCUCAACUCUUCUGGAACGUCGGUUGCCAGAUGGUGGCGCUAAACUUCCAGACCCUUGACCUGCCUAUGCAAUUGAACAUGGGGGUGUUUGAGUACAAUGGUCGAAGCGGCUACCUGCAGAAACCUGAGUUCAUGAGGAGGACAGACAAACACUUUGACCCCUUCACGGAGAACAUAGUGGAUGGGAUCGUCGCCAAUACGGUCAAAAUUAGGGUUAUUUCAGGCCAGUUUCUCAUCGAUAAGAAAGUGGGCGUGUACGUGGAAGUGGACAUAUUUGGACUUCCGGCUGACACGAAGAGGAAGUACAGAACUCGAACUUCCAAUGGCAACUCGUUGGAUCCCGUGUGGGAUGAUGAUAUGUUUGUCUUCAAUAAGAUCGUCCUUCCGACUCUGGCAUCUCUGAGGAUUGCGGUGUUUGAGGAAAACGGCAAGUUUAUUGGUCACCGGAUCCUCCCCGUGUCUGCCAUUAGACCCGGCUACCACUACAUCAACCUGAAGAAUGAACUCAACCAGCCGCUCCUCCUGUCCUCCCUGCUGGUCUACACAGAAGCUCAGGAUUUCAUCCCCAACGAGCAUCAGGAGUAUGCAGAUGCUCUGACCAACCCCAUUAAGCAUGUCAGCCAGCUGGACCAGAGAGAGAGACAACUUGCUGUCCUUUUAGAGGACAGUAGUGAGCACGUACCUAAUCACGUAGAAGGAGAGAUGAGGACACAGACCGACUGUGGCCCUGGAGGUCGUCUCCCCUCCCCCUUCCACAACAUUCCGCCCACCAUACCGGAAGAGUGUCCAGAUAUUAUCAAUUUACCUGCACCAGGUCAGAAGGAGGACCUCAUAACCACAGUCCUGACAGACUUCCAGGUCCAGUCCGUGGAGGAGUUGAAGCUGCAGAAGAACUAUGUGAAGCUGGGGAAGAAACACUCCAAAGAGUUUAUGGAGCUGCGCACAAAACACCUCAAGAAGGUGUGGAACCUCAGCAAGGAGCAGAAGAAUCGGAGUAGUCAGUUCCAUACUGACAGCCAGAGGAAAAGCUUCAGGAUUGGGAAUGCCCUCAAGAGGAGCUUCAGGAAUAAUGCGUCCUCGGACCUGGACUUUGAGAAGCAGAUGGUGCAACUGAGGGAGUGGCAGAUGCAGGAGCUGCUGAACCUCAGACAGCAGCAGCACAUGGUGGAGAAAGAGAAGAAACUUGCGCACCUCCAAGAGGAUUUCCAGAAGCUGAAAGAGACGGCCCUCGAAUCCCAAACAGAUCAGCUGAAGAAGAUGAAGGAGAUGUGUGAGAAGGAGAAGAAGGAACUCCAGAAAAUCUUGGACCGAAAGAGACAGAACAGCAUCACCGAAGCCAAAAGCCGUGACAGAGACAAAGCUGAAAUGGACACGAAUGAGAUCAACAGGAAACACAUUAAUGAUUCUGUAGCUUUAAUACGCAAACUGGAGGAGGCUCAGACCAGGAGACAGGACAAGGUGAUGCUGAGCCAGCGGGAGGUGUUGCAGCGCCUCGAUGAGGAGUAUCCGCUGCUCCUGUCUAACCUGGAGAGGGAGCUGGAGGACGAGUUCCAGCAUCUGGGCGAUGAAAUCUGCAAACACCUGCAGGAGAAGCUGCAGGACAAAGGUUUGGGUACGGACGCGCUGUACUCUCCUCUGUCCAAUCACAGCAGCCCCGGCUCAGGCUCAGGCCCGCCCUCCAACUGCUCCACACCCUCUUUCCCGUCCACGCCCAAUCGAAGCAGCUGGGACAGGAGUUUGGACAAUAGCACUACGUCGCUCGGGAAUUCCACGUCCUCGUCCGCCACCACGCCCAUCCUGUCAGAGUCAGAGGUGUCGUUCAUGUAAAUUGCGUCAAGGAAUUGUAAUGAUUUGGAAUAUAGUUACGCGAUGAUAUUACCCUUUUUUUUUUUAAAUCACAGACAGAUUUGUUCUUGUCUGUAGAGCUGUAAUAUUUUAACUUUGCUUUUAAAAUAUUUUUUUACAGAAUGUCUGUCGUACAUAUUGUUGAAAGCUUUAAUAAGAAUCACAGCUGAAAUUUUUUAAAAAAAAUAGACGUCUUUAUUUGUUUUUGUCUUGGCUUUUAUUUUCAUUUUUAACCACUCCGUUAUCUUUUAUUGUCAGAUUUUAUGCUUUACCUUCUUUGUUUUUGUCUCGUGUCAGAACAGGUUUUCUUGUUGUCCCAGACCUCUGCUUUUUUUUUAAGCACCCUUUAAUACUGAUGGCACACAGUCCAGUUUUGAAUAGAACUGAAAUCGAUGUGGAGAACGUCCCAAAUAAUUAAUGUAAUCGGGCCGUCGGGUUAAUAAGUAAGUUACUGUAAUUGCAACAGAACACUUGUUAAUAUAUAUUUUUAAAUAGCAGGGCAAAAGCUGCACCACCUGUAAAUAGAUAAGCAUUUAGAAACGCAACUUUAGCUUCACCUAAACACCAAAAAAAUAGGAAAGUGUCCGCUCCGUCAUCGUAAUUGCGCUAAAGCGCAAAGUAUUUGUUUUACACAUUGUCUGUUUUUAAGUAGAAAUGGGCAAUCUUAGGGAAGAGUUUUCCAGAUGUCUUACUUAAAGGGCAAAAUAAGUAGUAUUUCUGCCCCCUUUUAAGUUACACUUGACUGUAAUUGUAAUAUCAGCAGGUGGCCAGCAGGAGGGGCUGCAGACUUUACUGUGCUCUUCUUCGUUAUUAGCUUAAGGCGUCCUUUCAGUUGCUGCCUGAAAAUCUUGUUUUACUGCGUUCCAUCGACCGCGCCACAACACAGCAGGACACCAGUGACCGAGAUAGUCUGUGACCUUUAACCCCCCUCCCAUCCCGAGGCAGUGCACAGGAUGCAUGCAGGGAAAAUGCCAUACUUAAGAUUUUAUAUUUUUAAUGCAUGUCCAUCAAAAUGACGUUCAGACAAAUGUUUUGAAACCCUGAUCUGAUUCAGUCCACUCUCUGUACCGAGAAACCCAAACCUCAGUUUAAAAACAGAGAUUACUUAAGAGUGUGUGUUGCAGUGUCUUUUAGAGACAGUAAUGCUUUAAAUGGAGCCUUUGUGCAGUGUGCACGUGUUCAGGUGCAGUAAGCUGAUGUUCCCUUUUGGCAGCUGCAACCAGACUUGAGUGUCUACACUGUUCUAUGUUUUAUUUGUUUUAUCUUCUUGGUGAGUUGAAGUUACAAUGUAACAUUGUAACUUAUAAAAGUAACAACAGCAAAAAAAAAAAAAAAAAAAAAAAAACCUGCACUUGUUGAUUUCAGUGUAAUU